AUGUCAGUAUCAGACGAGUUUCAUUUCUUUCCCUGUCUGCCCCCUGAAUUACGACGGAUGGUGUGGCGUUUCUGCUUACCAUCUCGUGUUUGCGAGAUAGAUGCGCCCUACGAUCAGUGUGCCUUCGAAGAGAACCAUGUCUAUGGGCCACCAUGUGAACUUCAGACAUCAACAUUGCAGAACUCACGCCCCCCAGUCAUCACUAGGGUAUGUCACGAAUCACGUGCGGUCGCAUUCGAAACGGGUUGCCAACUCAAUGCCAGCUAUGGCCAUGGCGCACCCGACGGAUUUGAAUAUCGUCGUGCUAUCACAACGUGGUUCGACCCUUCAAGGGACGUGAUUCAUUUAAAUUGGACCCCGAUUUACGAAGUAGAGUUCUUCGGCUGUUAUACAGGGGAGCCCCUGGCGCUUCUUGCGUGGUAUGCUGCCCGAUUUGAUCUCCGGCCCUCCUUUAUGUGCGCUUCUAUUGGCAAAUUCGAACAUCUCAAUCCAGACCAGAUCAGCGCUCUCAAACAGCGGCCAAACUGGUUAGUUGUGAUGCGGACGAUAAUUGUUCACUGCGACUAUAAGUCUGCUAGAGAGUCCGGUCUAUUUGGACUACUCGGCGAUGCCCGGAUCCAGAUCGUGGAUGUUGCAGAUCAAGCAAGAGUCAGGGCAUAUAUUGAUUUUGCGGAAAAGAUGGAACUUGAAUCUACGGAUGCCCCGAGAAGGGACAUACCCCGUGAUUACCAAAGCUUCAGCCAACAGAGCACAAGUUUGAUGGAAAGGGACUUGAGGGAAAGAAUGAUCAAUUCAUGCGGAAAGAAAGUGGCAGAGGAGCUUCCAGCAAUACGACCUGCGAUGAUGUUUCGAUAUUGCCCUAUGAUGUGCAAUCAUACAGGAAGCCAACGGCUCAAAGUACGUGAGAUGGAGAGGAAAAGUCGACUGCCCGUGCGGGGCCGGGGUCGAGGAAGGGGCGUCCAGUGA